AUGUUACAUCUUUUUAGUCUCCAAGAUUCUGAUAAAACUUUUGAGGAGUUCAAAAUGAUCUUGAAAGGAAAGUUGGUGAAAUGUUUUGAAUGUGUCAAGGUUUAUCACAAAAACAAGAGAGAGUUAUUUGAGAGAUAUAAGAUGCAAUAUAACAAUGAUGAAGGUGUAGAUGUGAUGUUUAGUUUAAUCAAAUCAUGGGAUGAGCAACGCGUAGAAGGAUCAUUUUAUUACUUAAGAUAUCUAUUAGGCCUCAAAAAAGAAACAUGUGAUGAUUUUGUUGUCUUAAUCGAAAUAUUUUUCGACAUAUCUUUACUUCAAAAUCAUAAGAUCAACGAAAUGUUUUCCAAGGUGAUGUCAAUACCAUCGCCUAGCAUUACUCAGAUAUUAUCAGAAGAAUUUCCUCCAAGUUUAUUCCUAGCUUCCGUUCAUGAAAAUGAGGAUGUUAGAAAAGUUGCCUGGAAUUGUAUGCAAAUUACUUGGAAAGGGUCCGAUUUAGAAUCAAAUUGGAAAAAUUGUCACAAAAACGAACACUAUCAACUAUUCAAAGAAUUAUUAAAAUAUUAUCUUCAUAAUGAUUGGGGAGAAGCACAUUUUGAUUACCCUAUUACAAAAAAGGAAGCGCUUUUUUUGGCUGGAAUUACAAAGAUCCUCUGUAUAUUGGAUUCCGAAAAACUUCAUAAUUUAAUAUAUGAGAAUAAUGAAUUCGAUAUUCCCAGAUUAUUAGCUGUGAAAUUUAAAUAUAAUAAAAGCUUAAGCACUUUCAUAGAAAUUAUAAGAUUUUUACGUGCACUUUUAUGUAAAUUAAAGGAUAGCUUUUGGUUUAAUUCGACGGAAUUUUCUCAUUUUGACAUUUUGCGUAGCAUAAUGAAUAAUAAUGUCUUUUGUAAUGUAAUGGAAUCUACAAAAUCGGAAACAACAAAGAAAGCUACGUUCGAUUUGCUUCCAACGUUUAUAGAUUCUUUACGAGAUUAUAAUGAAAACGAAUUUUAUAUUUGUAUUAGUAUCAUUUUGAAGAAAUUACUCUGUUCAUUUCAGAAAAGUAAUAAGAACGUCGAAUUCUCUUUGAUGUCUUUGAAGAUGGCUUUGAAGAUUAUAAAAGAUUUUGAUUAUUCGAUUCAUCCUAAAUUAUAUAAGAAGUUUCAGAAGGCCAUUGAUGAUAGAUUAGGAAUAUUUCAUAAAAAUCUUCCAGGAACAGAACGUGAAAAGAUCAUUAAUGAAAUUUUAAAAUAUGUUGUUGAAGACCAAAGUGAUGACCAAAUCAAUGAAUCAAUAGAUGGAUCUAUAGCAAAUCCAAUAGUAAUAGAAUCCGUACCUAUAAAGAGGCCUUUGGAAACAUCAUCAUCUACAACGUCAUCUGAUUCAUCAACGACUAAUGAUUCUCCUUCCACCCCAAAAAACUCUACCGUAUUAACAACUACUAAAGAACAAAAUUCACAAACUGUGGAAAAAAUUCCAUUAAAGACAAUGCCAAGGAAGCCCAUUUCUUGGAAUCCUCCAACUAAUGGUCAAGAUGUUCAAAAGGGAAAAAGCACUUUGAGCAAAUUGCGCGCAUCAUUUAUUAAAGAACAAAAAGAAAAAUUUGAGAUAGAACAGAAAGCUAAAGAGGAACGUGAAAAGUAUGCAAAAAUUGAUGAGGAUCGUCGCAAAGCUCAAAACUUAUCAAAAAUUAGUAAAUCAAAUACCUCUCGAGCAAUUUCUUUGUCAAGAUCAACAUCAGGCAAUGGAAGCUCGGAUAGCGUUAAUUCUAGAGAGGCAAAAAGAUUAAAGUCGGAUAAUGAUGAAAGCUUAAAUCAUUCCAAACCAAAAUUGCGAAAAUUUAAUCCACCUCCAAAGCAAAGACAAACAAAGAUGCUUGAUUUGAGUGAAGUAAUUAAACAUCAAUCAUUAUAUCAACAACGGGCAGUUGCUAACAAGCGUAGAAAGGAUAACCUAGAAAAAAGAUUGAAACCAAAUCUAAAUAAUCUCUACAAGCAAGUAUUAUCUUGGGGUUUAGAAUCAAAAGGAGAACUUCCGCCAAGUACCUCAAAAGACCAGUACCUUCAAAUUCAAAAUACUUUCGAAAGUGUUGAACAAUACAUCAAAAUUUUCGAGCCGUUGUUGAUAUUGGAAUGCUGGCAGAGUUUCGUACAAUCGAAAGAAGAUUUAGAUAUGGAAAAUGACAAGUAUGAUGCAUUGUUGAUUGAAAGUAUAGCUUCCAUUGAUGAUUUCCAAGAACUAUCAUGUAAAAUUAUCCCAGAUAAAAUGAAAAAUAUAGCGGAAGGUGAUUUGAUAAUUGUCAAACAAAACAUUUCAAAAGAUCAGGAUAAAGGCACAUCUGUGACUUCUAAAAUGUUCUUGGCUAUUGUGAAAAGUAUCAUGAAUCAUGAACGCGUAACAUUAUUUUGUUAUUUACAAAAUAAUGAGGCGAAUAUCAGAAGUGAACUGAGGCCUGGAACAAAUUUGAUUGUAUAUCGAAUUAUGAGUUUGACACCUCCUAAAAGGGAGUAUGCUGCUUUAGUUGGGUUACCAUAUUUCCAGUACAAAGAUAUGAUCUUAAAUCCCAAAGGACAAAUUUCUAGUUCAGUUCCUGAAAAUGAAUUAGUUGAAUACAUGACAAAUUAUCGCAUUAAUCAAUCUCAAGCGGAGGCGGUUCACAAGGUCAUACAACAAAAAAAUGGCUUCUCGCUGAUACAAGGUCCUCCAGGAACUGGCAAGACAUCAACAAUUUUGGGAAUCAUAAGCGCCCUUCGAAAUGUAUCGGAUAAACGUCAUAAAAUUUUAGCAUGCGCGCCUAGUAAUGCGGCAGUAGAUGAGUUGGAAAGGAGGCUUAGACAAGGAAUUUACAAUUCUGACGGUAAAAUCGUUCACCUGAAUGUCGUCAGAUUUGGUAAAUUAGAUAAUUCAGAAAAAGAUCCUAAUUCACCCGAAGGUGAACAAAAAUUGAAAUUGGAGCGAUAUGAGAAAAAACUCAGGGGAUUACAUAAAAAACGUCAUGAGACACGAAAUGGGUGGGAUCUAAGUAAGCUAGAUGCCGAAAUUGACCAAACUAAUGCUGAAAUAGGGAAAAUACAUGAAACCUUGAGAAAUCUGAAAGCGGAACAGCAAAACCUUAAUCACUUGUCAAAGCGUGGAAAUUUGAGCAAUGCUGAUUUGAUUGAAGCAGAUGUUGUCUGCGCGACUUUGGCGGGGAGCGGGCACGAGACAUUUGCAAAUAUUGGCAUACAAUUUUCGACGGUUAUAGUUGAUGAAGCGGCCCAGGCCAUAGAGUUAAACACACUAAUACCUCUCAAAUAUAACGCGAAUAGGAUUAUCUUGGUUGGAGAUCCAAACCAGUUGCCUCCAACGGUACUAUCCCAAAUUGCUACAACUUAUUUAUAUGAACAAAGCUUAUUUGUUCGUUUUCAAAGAUGUUUUCCGGAGGCCAUUCAUUUGCUAAAUACGCAAUAUCGAAUGCAUCCGGAAAUCAGCAGGUUUCCAAGUCGCUUAUUUUAUAAUAAUGCGUUAUUGGAUGCACCUGAAUUAGGAAAAAAGAAGCGUCAAAUAUGGCAUAAUUCGAAUAUCUUUGGGCCGUAUAGAUUCUUUGAUGUCGAAGGUAGAAUGAAUCGAGAUAAGAAGAAAUCGUCAUAUAAUACUGAUGAGGCUUGUAUAGCCGUUAAAUUAUUCUUAACUUUGGUCAACAAGUUCGAAACGGUCGAUUUCAAAGAUAGGGUCGGUAUUGUUACCCCUUACAAGCGGCAGUUAAUUGAGCUCAGGACAAAGUUUAGGCAACUAGUUCCCGAGUCGUACUAUAAUAGAAUAGAAUUCAACACCGUGGAUGGGUUUCAAGGGCGAGAGAAAGAUAUAAUAAUCUUUUCUUGUGUUCGAGUCGGCGAAGAUAAGGGGAUUGGAUUCCUUCAAGAUAUUCGUCGUAUGAACGUAGCUCUUACCAGAGCCAAAAGUUCCUUAUUUAUCCUUGGUAACAAAGCUGCAUUAGAGAGUAAUUCUCAAUGGAACGAGUUAAUUCAAGAUGCAAUUCAACGAGGAUUAUAUACUGACGUAAGUGUUAAAGAGAUUGGACUUGAUUUGCAUCAUCAUCAUAAUUAUUAUUAUUAG